CUUAGCGGGUUGGGGAAAAUACAAUUGUUGUUAGGAGGUGUAGAGCUGAAGUACGUGACUGAUCGAUUCGUUGGGGAACUUUUGAGAGUUUCUUUGCAGCUUUCUGUACAAAUAACAUACAUUUAAACAAACCAAUGGAAGAGAAAGGCACAGACGGAAAUGGUGUUAAAUAUUAUCGCUUGUCAGAAGUGGAGGAACGGAACUCUUUUAAAAGCACAUGGAUUAUCAUCCACAAUAAAGUUUUCGACGUCACAAAGUUUCUCGAGGAGCACCCGGGAGGAGAGGAGGUGUUGCGGGAGCAGGCGGGUGGAGAUGCCACAGACAGUUUUGAAGAUGUUGGGCACUCGACAGAUGCACGCGAGAUGUCAAAUUCUAUGCUCAUAGGAGAGCUUCAUCCAGAUGACAGGGAUAAGCUUGCCAAACCACCAGAAUCACCUGGAACAACUGUUCAAGAAACAGCAAGCUGGUGGUCAAACUGGUUGAUACCUGCUGUCUCUGCUCUAAUUGUCACGUUGAUGUACCGUUUAUACACAGCAGAGGAGGCAUGAUGGAUGUGCUCAACGAACAUGUUGAACUACAAUAACCGUAAUCCAUUUCAGGUUGUCCUUUCACCAUAAAGGUUCUACUAAUGAAGGCAAAUUUCUGUGUAAGUUUCCAUGUUUGUUAUCACUUAUCCCUAAUGUUUUUUUAAGAUCUAUGAAAGCAUAUUUUAGAUUUACACUUAGCAUUAUAAAUAUGUAUACAAAAUUAUACAGAAUACAGAAUUGAUUGUCUAAUGGUUUUGCUGUUGUGUAAUAAUAUGUGUAUACCAUUUAUUGGUAACACUUUAUUUUAAUGUGCCCUUGUUACACAUAUUACAUGAAUUUACUAUAGUAAUAACAGUCAAUUAUGCAUAAUUACAAGCAACUAACCCUAAACCAUACCCUUACCCUAACCCUAAACCUAUAGUAAGUACAUGUUAAUUAGUAAUAAUCAGUAAUUACUUGUGUAAUUACACGGUAACAAGGACACAUUAAAAUAAAGAGUAACCCAAUUAUUCAGUUGUCCAUGAUAAAAUUAGAAAUGUGAAAUAAGCUGUACACUAUCACAUACAUAAACAACAUUUUCUUUUCAAAGGAAUCAUUUAGUUUUAACUUUUACCUUCAGAUUGCAACACAAUUCUAAUUGGACUGGAGAUAAAUAAUACAAAAAUGUAUACAGUUUUAUACAAAAUCUAAAGAAUAGCAUGCAAAAUGUAACAGAACAUGAACAAAAUAAAAUAAUUAUUAAGUCACAAAUAUGCAGGCAUUAAGCAUGGAUCAUUUCACUUGAUAUUCAGCAAUAUUAUUGAUUACUGGAAAUAGCAGAUCCAUGGAUAUAGCUUUUCAAAUGGGCGAAUCACAAACCAGUCAAGAACGUGUAUUGGUCAUAUUUUAUAAAAUAAAAACCUUAAUGGUUCAUACGUUAAUGAAAAAUAUCAUUUCAAUUAAUUUUGAUAAUUAGUUUUGUGAGAUUCACCCAAAAACUGUUAAUUAUGUUUAAUUUCUUGUUAUUUAGGUUGACUUCUGUGUUUAAUUAUAACAAGUAAUCUUAUCACUAUAGAGACAAUCAGUUAGAAGUCACCACAUGGUAUGUGUGGUGAAGACCCACACUGAUGUGUGUACCAGUAUGAAUGGUGCUGAUACAUUCCCUUUUUUACCAACAUUGAAUGUAAUGUACUUUUAUAUGAUAUAAUAUACAAGAAAAUUCCUAUAGAAUUGUCCAUCCAUGUAUAAUCUCAAAGAAACAGAUGUUUGCAGUGUGUCCUCAUCAUAUUAAAAUGCUGCUACCACGUUAAUGGCUGAGAGAAUUACACACUGUAACAUGCAAGUGUUUUGGUGUCAUGUUGACUGGAAUGCAGCAGUCAAAUCAUUCAGCUUUAUUGAGUCACAAUAAACAAAGAACCUGAUUAUGCA